GAAGAUGACCUGAAGGAGGAGCUAAACCUAACAUUAUAUCGUUUUGAAGCUUAGUUAGACAACAGUCGACCUCGCAUUCUAUGGUAAUAUCCGCUGAGAAAACGUCUUCACAAUUAAGGCUAAGCCGAGCAACCAUCACAGCAUGAGCGGCGUACUGUGUUCUAAAUGGAUUCUGUUUGUAACUGCGAUUAUCGCAGUGAAUUUGAUGUUUGUUAAUUCAAAUAUCUCGGAAACUGAAACAUCAUUUGACGAUGAACUCAAGUCAACAUUCUCGUUAAAAGAAAGAUUUCAAAGGCUUUUGGCGCUCGACGAGCAGCCUCACAACAGGGAGAAGCGUCUGAUCUACUUCCAGUUUAAGUUCCCAUUCGCCUCAAACAUGGAGAUUAAGUGGACUUUCAACUGGGUUGCUAUGACGGAAGCGAAGUACACAACUAAACUGCAAGUGGCUCUUCCACUCUGGCGACCGCUUCCUGCCUACCUUACCGAGGAAAUCAACCAACCUCCGUUCCAGGCACUUUUUGGGACAAAAUUGGGAAGAGAAGGAGCAGGAGGAGAGAAUGAAAAUGAAGUUUAUAAUAACUACGAUUGGGAAACUGAAGACCAUACGAAUAGAAAUCCUGAUACUGCAGUUACCAAGGCUGAUGAGGCAAAUAAGACGGAGAUCCAUAAUGUAACCAAAAGAAGUCCAGCUACAUCACAUCGAAAUAAAAGGCAAGACGAACUAGUUCAUGAGAACACACCGGACACUGAAACUCCUAACGGUUCAGGAAGAGUUUCCGAAUUUGAAACGAAAAUAGUAUCGGAUGAUAUUACUGAAUCUGAGAGAGAACAGGAAACGGUAUUUGAUAGUUAUGAAGAACAUUCAGAACACGUCAAGAGUCUUCAUGUGAUGCACAGACUCGAUGCAUACAAUGCUAUCGAACGCAUCUUGACAAAGUACGGUUACCCUGGUCACGCGUGUCUGCUGCGGACGGUGUGCGAGGUGGCGGAGGCACCUCUGCACUACGGCAUCAUGGGGGACUUCUUUAAUCUCCUACUCACACCAUCAGUGGCAUCGCUGUCUUCCCCCAGUUCGGACAUGGAAUUUUUGAAGGACUAUUUGGUCGCAGAAGAAGUAGGGCGUGACAGCGGCGAUUGCCGACGCAGUUACGCCGAUUGCCCGUCCUCUGUGUUCGAAAUUAUCCCGCUAGUGUCGCACAAGGUACUCGAUUUCGGACUAUUCUGAGCACCCAAUCCUCAACAGUGUUGUAGUAUAUUUAAGUCGUCCUGCGCUUGACGUUUUAUUUCUAUACACAAUUAAAUAUACUAACUAUGAUUAUCCGUCCUGUUUUCGAUAUCAUCCAGCUGGUGUCAAACAAAGUUCUCGAUUUCGGAUUCUUCUGAGCAAUCAAUCAUCUACAGUGUUUUGGUAUAUAUCAAUCAUGCUGUGCUUAGUGUUUUAUUUAUAUAUGUACUCAUGGUUAUAAUUGCUUAUUUUUACGCUAAUUGCUUCAUUAUUUAUUUGCUGUUGUUUAUAGACUUUAAUGCCGAUUUUAUUCAUCAUCUCGGGUCAGUUUCAUUGAUUCUAGUAGAUUGAUCGUUUACAUAAAUUGAUGCCCGUUUUAUGCUUCGGUACUAUCAGUCUUUGUUAGUUCAUGCCGAUUCAUUUUGUCAGCCCUACUAUAGUUAUUUUUGUAAGUUAAUAUUAUUUCACCAGCUUCACAGUCGAACCUUUGUCUGAAUUAUUGAAUGAUUCGUAAUUUUCCGCUCUUCUGAUGGAGCUGAGUUAUUCGAGGAAUGCAGUGUCUCAUCGUUGUUUUGCGCUUCGCCGCUGCUUUGAAAACGACAUGCUCAAAAAUUAAUACAAAAUGGAAUAAAAUCAUUACCAAAGUGAAUUUUUGGAAAAAAUCCUUUCAGUUUCUUCAUCAGUGUCAGUCUUUGGAACUUGAUAGGCUAAAAAAUUACUGGUGUCAAAUUAAUUAGGCUAGUUUUAUGCUUGUAUUAUAUAAAAAUAC